UUGAUUCAGAUAUGUCGAUGGCAGCGAAUAACAACUCAUUGGCAGCGACGCUGAGUAAUCCUACAGGAGGUGUCAAUGCCAUGAGUCAACAGUGUGCCAUAUGCGGAGACAGAGCAACAGGAAAACACUAUGGUGCCGCGUCCUGCGACGGGUGCAAAGGAUUCUUCAGGAGAUCGGUUAGGAAAAACCAUUUGUAUACCUGCAGGUUCAAUAGAAAUUGUGUAGUCGACAAAGAUAAAAGAAACCAAUGUAGGUACUGUAGGCUUAGGAAAUGUUUCAAGGCUGGUAUGAAAAAAGAAGCUGUUCAGAAUGAAAGAGACAGAAUUAGCUGCAGGAGGCCCAGUUACGAAGAAAACAACCAAAACAAUGGUCUUUCGGUAGGGUCACUCUUGAACGCAGAAAUGUUAUCCAGACAAGUUUGCGCAGCAUUAGAGCAAAUGGGUCCGAAUCCAGUGAAUGACUACGACCUUUCAAAUAAACAAUUGGCCAGUAUAAAUGACGUUUGCGAUUCCAUGAAACAGCAAUUGUUGAUUCUAGUGGAAUGGGCAAAAUAUAUUCCAGCUUUCACUGAGUUACAGCUCGAUGACCAGGUAGCGUUACUCAGAGCUCAUGCCGGAGAGCACCUCCUCUUAGGUUUAGCAAGAAGAUCGAUGCACCUCAAAGACGUUUUACUUCUCGGGAAUAACUACAUUAUCACGAAACAAUGCCCUGCAGUGAUGUUACCAGAUCAUCGUAACCUAUCCCCAGAUUUAAGCAUCUCCAGGGUGGGCACCCGCAUCAUCGACGAACUGGUGAAGCCGAUGAAUGACGUCCAGAUUGACGACACGGAGUUCGCCUGCCUCAAAGCCAUCGUCUUCUUCGAUCCAAAUGCCAAAGGCCUCAGCGAGUCAGCGCGAAUCAAAAACCUCCGCUACCAAAUCCAAAUCAAUCUAGAGGAUUACAUCAGCGAUCGCCAGUAUGAUAGCAGGGGAAGAUUUGGAGAGCUCCUGUUGACCCUUCCUCCCCUUCAGUCAAUCACAUGGCAGAUGAUAGAACAGAUCCAGUUCGCCAAACUUUUCGGUGUUGCCCACAUCGACAGCUUGCUUCAAGAAAUGCUGCUGGGAGAUUCCUUUCCAGGAACCAGCAUUGAAACAUCCCCAACCACCAUCGUCGUGCCAAACUCCACUACGACGGCCAACAACAGCUACCAAAGCACCAGCGACUCGGCUGACAGCCCUAUCACGUCGCCCAACACGACUCCAAGCAGUCCACAAGACCAUCUAAUCAACGGAAAUGUAACCAGUCCGCAGCAGACAGCAGCGACCUCUAACGUUUUGAUUAUGAGAAACAUGACUUCUCUGGAUGAACCUGUGUCUUAUUCGAUGUCUUUCAAACAAGAGCCUCUCAAGGAGGAACAGCACAGUUUUUAAAUAGUAGAUGUAAGUAGUGUAAGUAGGUGUUACUGAGUGAUGGAACUCUUAAAUAAAUUGAAUUGUAAUGAUUUUUUCUACUGAUAAUAAUAAACAUAAUUCCGGACUUUCACUAACUUUGAAGUUGAAACAAAUAAAUUCUGUAGGGCUAUACAAGAUAUGGACCUAUUUUAACUCCAUACUGGGCUUGAAUGUGAAGACUGGAGCUUCUUCAGGCUUAGGAAAACUGAGAUAAAUAUUUAGUUUUCAUCUUCCAUAGAUGUUAUCACAAUUCGCAUGAAUGGAUUUUUCCAGAAAAAUUGAUAAUAAUUGACAACAGCAUUAAAAAACGGAAUUGGUUAAUGCCAAACUGAAACAACAGAAUAAUAAUGCUACUUAGCUUUUAUAAACAAUACCACAGUAAAAAACUGAACAAUAUUAUAAGUAUAAUCCAUU